AUGGGCGCCCCGAGGCCCGCGCUGCUGCUGCUGCUGCUGCUGCUGCUCCUGGAUGCCGCCAGCGCCCAGGCCAGAGAUGAAGUGCUGGAAAAUGUCAGCCCCAGCUGUCCAAAAGAUGCAACGCGAUUCAAGCACCUCAGGAAAUAUGUCUAUAACUAUGAGGCUGAGAGUUCCAGUGGUGUCCCUGGGACUGCUGAUUCAAGAAGCUCCACCAGGAUCAACUGCAAGGUGGAGCUGGAGGUCCCCCAACUCUGCAACUUCAUCCUGAAGACGAGUCUCUGCACCCUGAAAGAGGUGUAUGGCCUCAACCCUGAGGGCAAGGCCUUGCUGAAGAAGACCAAGAACUCUGAGGAGUUUGCAGCUGCCAUGUCCAAGUACGACCUCAAGCUGGCUGUUCCUGAAGGCAAGCAAGUUCUACUUUACCCAGAGAAAGAAGAACCCAAACACAUCCUCAACAUCAAGAGGGGCAUCAUCUCUGCCCUCCUGCUUCCCCCAGAAACGGAAGAAGCUAAGCAAGUGUUAUUUCUGGAUACCGUGUAUGGAAACUGCUCCACAGACUUUACUGUUAAAACGAAGAAGGGAAACGUGGCAACAGAAAUAUCUAUUGAAAGAAACCUGGAGAAGUGUGAUCACUUCCAGCCCAUUAGCACGGGAGUUAGCCCACUCGCUUUGAUUAGAGGCAUGACCCGCCCCUUGUCAACACUGAUUGGCAGCAGCCAGUCCUGCCAGUACACCCUGGAUCCAAGGAGGAAGCACGUGUCAGAAGCCAUCUGCAAUGAACAACACCUAUUCCUGCCCUUCUCCUACAGGAACAAAUAUGGGAUGAUGGCACAGGUCACACAGACUUUGAAACUUGAAGACACACCUAAGAUCAACAGCCGCUUCUUUGAGGAAGGCACUGAGGCGGUGGGUCUUGCCUUUGAGAGCACCAGGUCCACAUCACCUCCAAAGCACGCUGAGGCCAUUGUGAAGACGCUCCAGGAGCUGCAGAAACUGCACGUCUCUGAGCAGAAUGCCCAGAGAGCCAACCUCUUCCAUAAACUAGUGACUGAGCUGCGAGGCCUCAGCAGUGAGGCGGUCACCUCCCUCUUGCCGAAGCUGAUCGAGGUGUCCAGCCCCAUCACUUUACAAGCCUUGAUUCAGUGCGGACAGCCCCAGUGCUACACUCACAUCCUCCAGUGGCUGAAAAAUGAGAGAGCCAACCCCCUCCUGAUAGAUGCCGUGACCUACCUGGUGGCCCUGAUCCCAGAGCCCUCAGCUGAGAGGCUGCGGGAGGUCUUUAACACCGCAAGAGUGCAGCAGAGCCGGCUCACAUUUUAUGCUCUGAGUCACAUGAUCAACAACUAUCAAAAGACAAACCCUACAUGGACAGAGGACCUGCUGGAAAUUGCUGAUUACCUGUCAGAACAGAUUGGCAAUGACUGCACUGGGAAUGAAGAUCUCACCUACCUGAUUCUGAGGAUCAUAGGAAAUAUUGGUAAAACCAUGGAGCAACUAACCCAAAAACUUAGGUCUUCAGUCCUGAAAUGUAUCAGAAGUGAACAGCCAUCCCUGGUGAUCCAGAAGGCUGCCAUCCAGGCCCUGCGGAAAAUGGAGCUUAGUGACGAGGUCCGGGAAGUCCUUCUUCAGACUUUCCUCGAUGACUCCUCUCCAGGGGAUAAGCGGCUGGCUGCCUACCUCAUGCUGAUGGGGAGUCCUUCCCAGUCGGAUAUUAGCAAAAUCACCCAACUUCUCCCUCGGGAACAGAAUGAGCAAGUGAAGAACUUUGUGGCUUCCCACAUCGCCAACAUCUUAAACUCAGAAGAUUUGUACGUCCGGGACUUGAAAAGCUUAGUGGAAGAAGCUCUGAAAGAAUCUCAACUUCCAACUGUCAUGGAUUUCAAGAAAUUUUCCCGCAACUAUCAGGUUUCCAAAUCGAUUUCUCUUCCAUCACUUGACCCAGUCUCAGCCAAAAUUGAAGGAAAUAUUAUAUUUGAUCCAAACAAUUACCUUCCUAAAGAAAGCAUGCUGAAAACAACCCUCAAAGUCUUUGGAUUUGCUUCAACUGACCUCUUUGAGAUUGGUUUGGAAGGAAAAGGUUUUGAACCAACACUCGAAGCUCUUUUUGGAAAAGAAGGAUUCUUCCCAGACAGUGUCAACAAGGCUUUGUACUGGGUUAAUGGUCGAGUUCCUGAUCGUGUCUCCAAGGUCUUGGUGGACCACUUUGGCUACACCAAAGAUGAUAAACGUGAGCAGGACAUGGUCAAUGGAAUCAUGUUCAACGUUGAGAAGCUGGUCAAAGAUCUGAAAUCCAAAGACUUCCCAGAAGCCAGAGCCUACCUCCGCAUCUUGGGAGAAGAGCUUGGCUUUGUCAGACUCCACGACCUCCAACUCCUGGGGAGGUUGCUGCUGAAAGGUGUUCGUACCCUGCAGGGGAUCCCCCAGAUGAUUAAAGAGCUCGUAAGGAAAGGUUCAACAAGUGACUUGUUCCUUCACUACAUCUUCAUGGACAAUGCCUUUGAACUCCCCACUGGACUUGGAUUACAACUGCAAGUGUCCUCCUCUGGCAUCAUCACUCCUGGAAUCAAAGCUGGAGUGAAACUGGAAGUAGCCAAUAUGCAGGCAGAACUGGUGACAAAGCCGUCUGUGUCUGUGGAGUUUGUGACAAACAUGGGCAUCAUCAUCCCAGACUUUGCCAGGAGCGGGGUGCAGAUGAACACCAACUUCUUCCACGAAACAGGCCUGGAGGCGCGAAUAGUCCUAAAAGCUGGGCAACUGAAGUUCAUCAUUCCUUCUCCCAAGAGGCCAGUCAGGCUGUUCAGUGGCAGUAACACAUUGCAUUUGGUCUCUACCACCAAAACGGAAGCGAUCCCACCUCUCAUUGAGAACAGGCAGUCCUGGUCAACUUGCAAGCCUUUCUUCAUUGGCCUGAACUAUUGCAUCACGGGUGCUUACUCCAAUGCCAGCUCCACAGACUCUUCCUCCUACUACCCGCUGACUGGGGACACCAGAUUUGAACUGGAACUGAAGCCCACAGGAGAAGUGGAACAGUAUUCUGCCAAGGCAUUCUACGAACUCCGGAGAGAUGGUGAAGCCUUGGUGGACAUGCUGAAGCUCGUAACUCAGACAGAAGGUGUGAAGCAGACGGAGGCUACUCUGCUGUUUAGAUACAACCGGCAAAGUAAGACCUUGUCCAGUGAACUCCACAUUCCAGAUUUUGAUGUUGACCUUGGGACAGUCCUCAAAGUUAGUUAUGAAUCUUCUAAGGAAAUGAAGUCUUACAAGCUCACCCUGGAAUUUCAGAACAAGAAAAUCACUGAGGUCACCCUCACUGGCCACAUAAGCUAUGACAGGAGGGAAGAAGGCAAAAUCAAAGGUGUGAUUUCCAUACCCCGUUUGCAAGCAGAAGCCAGAAGUGAGAUUCUCAGCCUCUGGUCUCCCUCAAAACUGCUCCUUCAGAUGGACUCCUCUGCCACGGCUUACGGCUCAACAAUAUCCAAGAAGGUGGCAUGGCGUUAUGAUGGAGAGAAGAUUGAAUUUGAAUGGAACACAGGCACCAAUGUGGAUACUAAAAAAGCAACUUCCAAUUUCCCUGUGAAUCUCUCUGGUUUUCCUAAAACCUUGCAUGCGUAUGCCAAUAUUCUCCUGGAUCGCAGAUUUCCUCAGACAGACCUGACUUUUCGGCACAUGGGUUCCAAAUUAGUUGCUGCAGCAGGCACCUGGCUCCAGGAGACAUCGAGGAGUCUUCCUUACGCCCAGAAAAUACAAGAUCAACUCAGUGGCCUGCAAGAGUUGUGCCUCCAGAAAAUGGAAUUGCCAAACUUCCACAUUCCAGGAAACCUCUUCUUGAAAAGUGACGGUCGGAUCAAAUACACCUUGAACAAGAACAGUAUGGAAAUUGAGAUCCCAUUGCCUUUUGGUGGCAAAUCCUCUGAAGAUAUAAAGAUGUUCAAGACAAUUCAGACUCCAGCCCUCAACUUCCAGCCUCUGGGGUUCCACCUGCCAUCUCAAGAGUUCCAGAUCCCCACUUUUACCAUCCCCCACUUGUAUCCACUGCGGCUGCCUCUCUUGGGUGUGCUAGACCUCUCCACAAGUAUCUACAGCAACUUGUACAACUGGUCCGCCUCCUAUACUGGCGGCAACACCAGCACAGACCACUGGAGCCUUCAGGCUCAGUACCACGUGAAGGCGGACUCUGUGGUCGACCUGUUCUCCUACCACGUGCAAGGAUCUGGAAAAGCAGCGUAUGACCACAGGAGUACACUCACGUUAUCAGGUGAUGGGUCUCUACACCACAAAUUUCUGGAUUCAAAUGUCAAAUUCAGUCACGCAGAGAAAAGGGGAAACAAUCCGGCCUCAGAAGGUCUGCUAACAUUUGACGCAUCCAGUGCCUGGGGCCCACAGAUUUCUGCGUCAAUCCACUUGGACUCAAAGAAGAAAGAGCAUUUGUACAUCAAGGAAGUCAAGAUUGACGGACAGUUCAGAGCCUCUGCAUUCUAUGCUAAAGGCGCAUACGACCUGUCUUACCAGAGAGAUCCUGCCACGGGCCAGCUCACUGGAGAAUCCAGCCUGAGGUUUAACUCCUCCUACGUCCAGGGCACCAACCAGAUAACAGGAACGUACGAUGAUGACACUGUCUCCAUUACCUCCACCUCGGAUCUGCAAGAUGGCCUCGUGAAAAAUACUGCUUCCCUGAAAUAUGAAAACUAUGAGCUGACACUGAAAUCUGACACCAACGGGAAGUAUGAGGACUUUGCCACUUCAAACAAGGUGGAUCUGACCUUCUCUAAGCAGAGUGCAUUGCUCCGUUCUGAGUAUCAGGCUGAUUACAAGUCACUGAGGUUCUUCACCCUGCUUUCUGGAUCUCUAAACUCUCAUGGCCUUGAGUUAAAUGCCGACGUCUUGGGCACUGACAAAAUUAAUAGUGGUGCUCACAAGGCAACACUCAGGAUUGCCCAGAAUGGAAUGUCCACCAGUGCAAUGACCAGCUUGAAGUAUAGUCCCCUGGUGCUGGAGAAUGAACUCAACGCGGCAGUCAGCCUCUCUGGGGCAUCUCUGAAAUUAACAUCAAACGGCCGCUUUCGGGAACACCAUGUGAAAUUCAGUCUAGAUGGAAAAGCUGCCCCCACAGAGGCAUCGCUGGGAAGUGCCUAUCAGGCCAUGAUUCUGGGUGUCGACAGCAAAAACAUCUUCCACUUCAGAAUCAACCAGGAAGGACUGAAGCUUUCAAAUGACAUGAUGGGUUCAUAUGAUGAAAUGAAACUUGACUACACAAACAAUCUGAAUGUUGCAGGGUUCUCACUGGACUUCUCUUCCAAACUUGACAACAUUUAUAGCUCUGACAAGUUUUAUAAGCAAAAUUUUAAUCUACAGUUAGAGCCCUAUUCCCUGGUAACUACUUUAAACAGUGACUUGAAGUUCAAUGCUCUGGAUAUGACCAACAGUGGAAAAUUAAGGCUAGAACCUCUGAAGCUGAAUGUGGGUGGGACCAUAAAAGGAGCCUACCAAAAUGAUGAAAUAAAACACAUCUACACUCUUUCUUAUGCUGACUUAUCUGCAAGCUAUAAAGCAGACACUGUAGCUAAGGUUCAAGGAACAGAGUUUAGCCAUCGGCUCAACACGAACAUUGCUGGGCUUGCUUCAACUGUGGACAUCAGUACAAACUACAAUUCAGACUCCCUGCAUUUCAGCAAUGCAUUCCGCUCUGCAGUGGCCCCAUUUACAAUGACCAUCGACACACAUACAAAUGGCAAUGGGAAGCUGGUUCUCUGGGGACAACACACGGGGCAGCUCUACAGCAAAUUCCUGUUGAAAGCAGAACCUCUGGCCUUUACUUUCUCCCAUGAUUAUAGAGGAUCCACAAGUCACCAUCUCAUGUCGAGGAGAAGCAUCACCACUGCUCUUGAUCACAAAGUCAGUGCCCUACUCACUCUGGCUGAGCAGACUGGUGACUGGAAACUCAGGACCCGGUUGGACCAAAAUGAAUACAGCCAGGACUUCAGUGCUUACAACACAAAAGACAAAGUUGGUAUUGAGCUCAGUGGACGAGCCCUGGCUGACCUCACUGUGCUGGACUUCCCGAUUGCAGUGCCACUGGUACUCAGCCAGUCCAUCAAUGUCAUUGACACUUUAGAGAUGAGGGAUUCUGUUGGUCAGCCCCAAGAAUUCACUCUUGUUGCUUCUGUAAAAUAUGAUAAGAACCAAAAUGCUCACACCAUCCAUCUCCCACUCUUUAAAUUCCUGCCAAAAUAUUUUGAGAAGACUCAGGCAGUAGUUACAAGUGCACUGGAGGCUGUACAGAAAGAACUGAAGCACACCCAUAUUGAUCAGCACAUGAGGAAAUAUGUGGCAGCCUUGGACAGACUCUCACAGCAAGUUAAUGAUUAUCUGAGCACGUUCAAUUGGGAGAGACAAGUUUUGAGUGCCAAGGAGAAACUAACUGCUUUCACAGAAAAUUAUCAAAUGACAGAAAAUGACCUGCAAAUUGUAUUAGACAAUGCCAAAAUCAACCUUAAUGAAAAACUGUCUCAGCUGCAAACAUAUGUGAUACAAUUUGAUCAGUAUAUUGAAAAUAAUUAUGAUUUGCAUGAUUUUAAGACAACUAUUGCUAAGAUUAUUGAUCAAAUCAUUGAAAAAUUGAAAAUUCUUGAUGAACAUUAUCAUAUCCGUGUCAAUUUAGUAAAAAAGAUCCGUGAUCUGUAUUUUUUUAUUGAAAAUUUUGAUUUUAACAAAAUUGGAAGUAGUACUGCAUCUUGGAUUCAAAAUAUAGAUACUAAGUAUCAAAUAAGAAUCCAGAUACAAGAAAAAUUGCAACAGCUCAAGGUACAGAUUCAGACUGUAGACAUCCAGCACCUUGCUGAAAUGUUCAAACAGCAGAUUGAAGCUGUUGACAUCAGAGUGCUUUUAGAUCAGUUGAGAACUGCAAUCCCAUUUCAGAGAAUAAAGGAAAUUACUGAGCAUGUCAAAUACCGUGUUACAAGUCUUUCUGAAGGUUUUGAAGUAACUGAGGAAAUCAAUGCUUUCAGAGUCAUGGUCCAUGAACUCAUUGAGAUGUAUAAAAUAGAUCAACACAUCCAGGCUUUAAUGGAUAAAUCAGUACAGUUGGCCCAACAAUAUAAGCUGCAGGAGACUGCUCAGAAGCUAAGCAGUGUCCUACAGCAAGUCAAGAUGGCAGAUCUUGUUGAAAAAUUGAUUGGGCUUACCAACAAUGCUCUCAAGCAGCUUGAAGCAUUGUCUUUUAAUCAAUUCCUUGAAGAAGUAAACAAAUUCCUUGACAUGUUGGUGAAAAAAUUAAAGUCAUUUGAUUACCACCAGUUUGUAGAUGAAACCAAUAACAAAAUUCAUGAGGUGACUCAGAGAAUCAAUGAUGAAAUUCAGGCCCUGGAACUCCCACAGAAAGCAAAGGCAUUCAGACUGCUUGUAGAGGAUGCUAAGAUUAUGGUCUCAACCUAUCUGGAAAACCUAAAGGCCACCAAAAUCACUGUAUUCUUGGAUUGGUUACAGAAGGCUCUAAGUUCAACAUCUGUAACUUACAUGAAAGCAAAAUUUCAGGAGACCCUGGAAGAUUUUCGAGACCGAAUAUAUCAAAUGGAUAUAUGUCAGGAACUCCAGCAGUACCUAUUCCUAGUGGGCCAGGUUUACAACACACUCGUCACCUACAUUUCUGACUGGUGGUUUCUUGCUGCUAAGAACCUUACUGACUUUGCAAAACAGUAUUCGAUCCAAGACUGGGCUGAAAACCUGAAAAAGUUAGUAGAACAAGGGUUCACUGUUCCCAAAAUCCAGACCACCUUUGGGACCAUACCUGCCUUUGAAAUCAGUCUCCGUGCCCUUCAGGAGGCUACAUAUCAGACUCCUGACUUCAUCGUUCCCCUGACAGAUCUGAGAAUCCCAUCCUUUCAGAUCAACUUCAAAACACUGAAGGAUGUGAAAAUCCCAUCCAGCUUUUCCACUCCAGAAUUUACCAUCUUCAAUACCCUCCAUGUCCCUUCCUUUACAAUUGACUUCGUAGAAAUAAAAAUAAAGAUCAUCAGAACCAUUGACCAGAUGCUGAACAGUGAGCUGCAGUGGCCAGUCCCGGAAGUGUACCUGGGAGAUCUGAGUGGGGUGGAUACCAUUCUUGCUGGAAUCACUAUGCCAGACUUCCAUUUACCGGAAAUCACUAUUCCAGAAUUUGUCAUCCCGAAUCUCAACCUUACAGAUUUUCAAGUUUCUGACCUUCACAUCCCAGAAUUCCAGCUUCCCCACAUCUCACACACAAUUGAAGUACCUGCUUUUGGCAAGCUGUACGGCAUUCUGAAAAUCCAGUCUCCCCUUUUCACGUUAGAUGCAAAUGCUGACAUUCAGAAUGCAACAGCUUCGGCAAACCAGGUGGAGAUGGAGGCUUCCAUCACCGCCAAAGGAGCAUCCAGAUUAGAAGUGCUCAAUUUUGAUUUUCAAGCAAAAGCACAACUUUCGGACUCUAUGAUUAAUCCACUGGUUCUGAAGGAAUCCGUGAGGUUCUCCAGCAAGUACCUGAAGACGGAGCAUGAGAGUGAGGUGCUCUGGGUUGGAAAUGCUGUCGAGGGAAAGUCAAACACAGUGGCGGGUAUACACACAGAAAAAAAUACACUGGAGCUCAGUAAUGGUGUGCUCGUCAAGGUAAAUAAUCAGCUUACCCUGGACAGCAACACAAAGUACUUCCACAAAUUGAACAUCCCCCAGCUAGACUUCUCCAGCCAGGCUGACCUGCACAGUAACCUCAAGACCCUGUUGGAAGCUGGACACAUAGCAUGGGCUUCUUCUGGAACUGCAUCCUGGAAAUUGGCCUGCCACGAAUUCUCAGAUGAGGGAACACAUGAAUCCCAAAGUAGCUUUACUGUGGAAGAGUCCAUCACUUCCUUCAGAUUGUCUAAUAAGAUCAACAGCAAACACCUAAGAGUGAACCAAAAAAUACUGUAUGAAUCUCGCUUCCUCAACUUCUCUAAAUUUGAAAUCCAGUCGCAAGCUGAAUGCCAGCAUGUGGGUCGCAGUGUUCUAACUGCUAAAGGCCUGGUGCUGCUUCAAGAGGGGAAGGCAGAGAUAACCGGCAACCAUGAUGCGCAUUUAAAUGGGAAAGUUGUUGGAAAUUUGAAAAAUUCUCUUUUCUUUUCAGCACAGCCAUAUGAGAUGACUGCAUCCACAAACAAUGAAGGAAACUUGAGAGUUAGCUUUCCAUUAAAACUGACAGGGAAGAUAGACUUUCUGAAUAAUUACGCACUGUUUCUGAGUCCUAGUGCCCAGCAAGCCAGUUGGCAAGCAAGUGGCAGGUUCAAUCAAUAUAAGUACCAUCAAAAUUUCUCUGCUGGCAACAAUGAGAAAAGCAUCGAAGCCCACCUAGGAAUAAAUGGAGAAGCCAACCUGGAUUUCUUAAACAUUCCUUUAACAAUCCCUGAAAUGACUCUACCUUACAUAAAUCUCACAACUCCCCAGAUGAAAGAAAUCUCCUUGUGGGAAAAGACAGGCUUGAAGGAUUCCUUGAAAACAACAAAGCAAUCAUUUGAUUUAAGUGUAAGGGCUCGGUAUAAGAAAAACAAAGACAAACAUUCCAUCCCAGUUCCUCUGAAUGCCUUCUAUGCACUUAUCCAUCGUAACAUCAAUUCCUUCUCCAGGCUUUUCCAGACAGUCAGAAACCAGGCACUAGAUUUUUUUAUCAAAUCCUAUAAUGAAGCAAAAACUACUUUUGAUAAGUACAAAGUUGAAAAAUCCCUUAACCAGCAACCCAAGAUCUAUAAAAUUCCUGGAUACACUAUUCCAAUUGCCAACAUUGAAGUGUCUCCCUUCACAGUAAAGAUGUUAACAUUUGAGUAUAUGAUCCCCAAAGAGAUCAGCACCCCCAGCAUCACUGUCCUGGGUUCUGGCAUCUAUGUACCCUCAUACACGUUAGUCCUGCCAUUUGUAGAGCUGCCAACCCUUCAUGUCCCUAGGGAACUUUCUGAGCUUUCUGUUCCAACAUUCAACAUAUUGAGUACCAUAAACAAAAUUUCAGUUCCAGCCCUGGGCAAUAUUACCUAUGAUUUUUCCUUUAAGUCAAGUGUCAUCACACUGAGUACCAAUAUUGGUCUUUAUAACCAGUCAGAUAUUGUCGUUCAUUUUCUUACUUCAUCGUCUUCUGUCAUGGACACACUACAGUACAAAUUAGAGGGCACCUCAAGUUUGACGAGGAAAAGAGGACUAAAGUUAGCCACAGCUCUGUCCCUGAGUAACAGAUUUGUGGAGGGCAGUCAUGACAGUACCAUUAGUUUCACCAAGAAAAAUAUGGACACAUCAGUGACGACAACUGCAAGAGUCCAAAUUCCAAUUUUGAAAAUGAGUUUCAAGCAAGAGCUUCAUGGGAAUACCAAGUCAAAACCUACUGUCUCUUCAGCCAUUGAAUUAAAGUAUAAUUUCAAUUCCCCCAAACUGCUCUCUGCUGCUAUGGGAACAGUUACCCACAAGCUCACCUUAGAAAGCCUCACCUCUUAUUUUUCCAUUGAGUCAUCUACCAAAGGAGGUGUUGAGGGUUCUUUUGGUUCACGGGGAUAUUCAGGGUCUCUUGCCAGUGAAGCCAGCACUUACUUGAAUUCCAAGGGCACCAGAUCUUCUGUGACACUGCAAGGAGCCUCCAAAGCAGAUGGUCUCUGGGACCUCAAAGUGAAAGAAAAUUUUGCUGGAGAAGCCACACUCCAACGCAUAUAUACCAUCUGGGAACAAAAUAUGAAAAACCACUUAGAGCUAGGGGGCCUCAUUUUAACAUCUGGAGAGCAUACAAGCAAAGCCACCCUGGAGCUCUCCCUGUGGAAAAUAUCAGCCCUCGUUCAGGUCCGUGCACAUCAGCCCAGUUCCCUCCUUAAAAUCAAUUUCCUUGGCCAAGAAGUCUCCUUGAAUGUUAACACUGAGAACCAGAAAAUCAGCUGGAAAAGUCAGGUCCAGGUUCAUUCUGGGUCUCUUCAGACCAAUAUACAGCUUUCUAAUGACCAAGAAGUGGCUCGCUUUGACAUGGCAGUCUCCUCAGAUGGGUAUCUACGGUUCCUCAAAGAUACUGUCCUACCGGUUUAUGACAAGAGUUUGUGGGACCUCCUAAAGCUGGAUGUUACCACCAGCCUUAAUAGGAAACAGUAUCUCCGUGCUGCAACUGCCCUCAUAUAUACAAAAAACCCCAAUGGUUAUCUUGUUUCUAUCCCCAUGCAAGAAUUGGAUGAUAAAUUCAUUAUUCCUGGACUGAAACAAAAUAAUCAAAAUUCUGUUCAUGUCACACCUACAUUCCAAGUCCCCUUUACAGAUCUUCAGUUUCCAUCUUACACACUUGACCUCGGUGAAAUAAAAAUCUACAAGAAGCUAAGUACUCUGCCAUUGACCUUCAACGUAUCAACUCUACCCAAAGUAAAAUUCCCCAGAGUUGAUGUGUUAAUACAGUACUCUAAACCAGAAGCCUCCUCUGUUCCCUUUUUUGAGAUAACUGUGCCUGCAUCUCAGCUGACUGUGUCCCACUUCACCCUUCCCAAAAGUAUUUCAGUUGGCAGCACUGUUCUGGAUCUAAAUGCAGUAGCCAGUAAUAUCGCAGACUUUGAGCUGCCAACCAUCACCGUGCCCGAGCAGACUCUUGAGAUUCCUUCCAUGAAGUUCUCUGUACCUGCUGGAAUUCUCAUUCCUUCCUUUGGAACACUGACCGCACGUUUUGAGGUGGCCUCGCCCUUGUACAACACCACUUGGAGUGCUGGUUUGAAAAACAAAGGAGAUCAUGUUGAAACAUUCCUGGAUUCCACAUGCAGCUCAACCAUUCAGUUCCUGGAGUAUGACCUAAAUGUUGUAGGAACACACAAAAUCGAAGGUGGCAUGUUAGUGUAUAAGACUAACGCAUCAUUUGCACACCGUGACUUCAGUGCAGAAUAUGAAGAAGAUGGCAAAUAUCAAGGACUUGGGUACUGGAAUGGAAAGGUUGACCUUAACAUCACCAGCCCAACAUUAACUGAUGUCCAUCUGCACUACCAAGAAAAUGAGAAUCACUUCUCCUCAUCAGUAGCCUCCCCAGCCAUAGGCAAUGUGGUCGUCGAUGUGAAAAACAUUAGCAAUACCUUAUUGGGAUGGAACCUCUACUACUGCCCUCAGGCCUCUCCAGAUAAAAUACUCAACAUAUUCAAAAUGGAGUUGAGGGUCCUGGAAUUGGAUGAUGAAGUUCAAAUCAAGGCUAACUGGGAAGAAGAAGCAGUGUCCAAAUUGUUAAGCUCGCUCAAAGACAAUGUGCCCAGGGCCAUGGGAGCCCUUUAUGACUAUGUCAACAAGUAUCACCAAGAGUACACGGGACUCAAUCUGAAAGAUGCUUCUUUAAAACUGAGGAGAGGCCUGCAGGACAGCGCUGAUCAGGUGUAUCAAGGGGCCAUGAGGCAGAUUGAUGAAGUGGACGUGGAGCUCCGAAGCAUGGCCAGAGGUACCACUGAAACCUACCAGCAGUGGAAGGACAAGGCCCAGCGUCUGUACCGGGAACUGUUGGCUCAGGAGGACCACAGUGGUCUCCAGAGACUCCAGCAGAAUGUGUCAGACAGCUUAAUAGGAGUUAUUCAGGGAUACAGCGUGACAGUCAAGCGUGCAACUGACUUGCUCAUUGAUCUCCUGAAUGUAACCAGAUUCCAGCUCCCAGGAAGAGCCAGGAACUAUACUGCAGAUGAGCUCUGCACUGUGGUCAUACAGGAAAUAGCGAAGCGACUGUCCCAGGUACAUUCAAAUAUCCAUAAUGGGUUACAUAUAUUGUUUUCCUAUUUCCUAUACCGGAUGGAGGAGUCUGAAUUAUACAAGGACCUAAACAAUAAAUUUUCUUUUGCGUCAAUGAGCAAUCAACUAAUAGGUAUGGUCUUGGAGUGUAUGAAAACGCUUAUAUUUUUCUCACAAGAGAUCCAAAAAGCACUUAGUUACCUCCAGUCUACCAUGAUGACAGAGAUGCUAAGUGAUCUUCAGAGGUCUCUACAAGACAUUUUCCAAGAGAUAGAAAGUGAACUUAAACGCUUCAAAGAGAAGAAAUCAACUGAUCUCGUUAAUCAAACCCUACAGAAUAUCAACACAAUCUUCGACAUAUACAUUUCAUUUGUUUUUAGAUCCCUGAAAGAAAACCUAGACUAUAACUUUGUUGAGUUUAAUGAACUAAUCCAAAAUAAACUUCAGGAAACUUCUCAAGAAUUACAGCAGCUCCAUCAGUACGUGCAGGCUCGUCACCAAGAAUAUUUUGAUCCAACUAUGGUUGGCUGGACAGUGAAAUAUUAUGAAUUUGAAGAAAAGAUCAUCAACCUGAUCAAGAACCUAGUAGAUGUCCUUAAAGACUUCCAUUCCAAAUACACUGUUGGUGCUGCUGAUUUUGUUUCCCAACUCUCAAGUCAGAUUGAACCACUGAUUCAGAAAGAUUUGCAGGAGUAUCUUAGCAUCCUUGGCGAUGCAGAGGAAAGGGGGAAAGAGAAGAUUACAGAGUUUUCUACCAGUGCUCAGGAAGUAAUUAAAAGCUGGGCUGUUGCAGUGAAGGAAAUCAUUUCUGAUUACCACCAGCAGUUCACAUAUAAACUACAGGAGUUUUCAGACCAGCUCUCUGAUUACUGUGAAAAAUUCAUCUCUGAAUCUAAAAGAUUGAUUGACCUGUCCAUUCAAAACUACCACAUGUUUCUGAACUAUAUCAUGGAGUUACUGAAAGAGCUACAAUCAGCCACAGUCAAUGACAUGAGCCCCUACAUAAAGGUUGCUCCAGGAGAGUUUACUAUCACCUUCUGA